AUUACUAUAAAGUUUUCUCGCUGAUAACGAGGCUGUGACGAGCCAGUAGACAGAAUUUUCAUAUUAAGUAUUUGUCUUAGCUUAAAGAGAACUAGAUUCAAAACAGUGUCGUGAAGUGAACAAGGUGGCGACGGGAGGCUGCUUGCUGAUGAGUUGUUUGUUAAAUGGAAAUAAAAUAAAUGUCGUUGUUGGAGAGAAGCAGACAUGGACUUAGACUUUGUUAAUUACAAGUUUGAGAAUGGCUUUGUCGGCGUGGUCACGAGGACCAAGUUCCGGCUGGGCAUCCGCCACGUGCAGCUGGUCUACAUGUGCCUGGUCGCGGUGGUGUUCGGCGUGCUGCGCGGCGCCGCGCCGGUCGCCGUGCUGGCGCUGGCCGACCGCUCCCGGCUCAAUGACACCUACAUACAGGUAUACGACUACAACAAAAGCAUCCAGGGCACGGUGAUGUCGUCGUUCCUGUGGGGCCACGCGCUGCUGCUGGUGCCGGCGCAGCUGGCGCGCGGCGCGCUGGGCGGGAAGCUCAUGAUCUCCGCCGCGCUGCUGGUGAAUGGAGCCAUCUACGUCGCGUUGCCCACCAUCGUCAACCAGGGAGGGUGGAUAGCGCUAUGCAACGCGCAGUUCGUGCUGGGCAUGACGCACGCGGCGGCGGCGCCCGCCUUGCGCGCGCUGCUGCUGGCCUGGCUGCCCCCGCACGAGCGGGAGACGUUUAGCCCCAUCGUCUAUGGAGGGAUACAACUAGGCACCAUAGUGGCGUUCCCUGUAGCUGGCGCGAUCUCGGCGUCGGCGCUGGGCUGGGAGCUGGUGUUCUACUCGCUGGCGAUGGCCACGCUGUCGGCGGCCGCGGUGUGGGCGCUGCUGACGGCCGGCCGCCCCGCCGACCACCCCGCCGUCGGAGACAAGGAGAAGGAGUUCAUCGAUGAAGCGCUCAAGUGCUAUAAACAGAAGCAGCUGAAGACGCCGUGGGGCCAGAUGCUGCGCUCGGGCGCGACAUGGGGGCUGGCGGCGGCGCACGUCGGCUGCAGCGUCGUGGUCACGUUCUUCCUCACCGAGGUGCCCGCCUACCUGGUGCUGGCACACGGGUUCACCGUGAAGCAGGUGAGGACUAUAGAGAUUGGCGCUAUGCUGUCGAUGUUGCCAUUCGUGGCGAUGUGGCUCACCUUCCUCGCCGUGUCCCCGACGGUUGAGUCGAUUUAUAAAAUCGGCUUCGUCAAUUAUUUAGUCAGUAACACUAGGUAUAGGAAAAUUAUUAGCACAUUAGGUGCGUGUGGAACAGUAUUAGGGCUGUGGCUGGUGCCGCUGCUCGGAUCUCAGUCUAGUUAUUUAGCGGUAGUGUUGUUGUGUGGGACCAUGGCUUCAGUGGCUGUGCAGUAUGUUGGAUUUUUGAGCAUGUACUCGGACAUGUCUGAGAACUACUGCGGCUCGCUGGCGCUGGCGACGCGUGCGCCCGCCGCCGCCGCCCCCGCCGCCGUGCCACUCGUCGCCGGCUUCGUGCUCAGGGCUGAUCAGUGCGACCCACUGCGCUGGCGCGUGGUGUUCCUGACGGUGGCCGCGGCGGCGCUGGCGGGGCAGCUGCUGCACCUCGCCCUCGCGCGCGCCCAGAGACAGUACUGGGACAACCAGGACCACCGGAUGAAGUUCACCUACUAUAACGACGUCAACCAAAUGGAGCUGGAUGAUCUCAAGGUGAAGAUUAUACCUAAGAAGACAGAAGAGAAAAACGAAGAUGACUUAUUAUUUAUAUGAUAAUUAUUAAACCAAGAUAUUAUAGGUACUUACUUACUUAACGGAUUAUACACCUGACUUUGGAAUUUAAUAAAAAAUAUUUUCAAUAA